AUGAGUUAUAGAUCCUCCAGAUACAGCAGAAUUUCUUCGUGCAUAUAUGUGGGAAACUUACCAGGAAAUGUCAUAGAGGAUGAGGUCUACGAUUUAUUUGGCAAGUUUGGACGUAUAAAAUAUAUCGAUGUAAAAAAACCCAGAGUUCCAGGCGUACCCUAUUCGUUUGCGUUCGUUCAUUAUUUCGAUUCCAGAGAUGCAGAAUACGCCAUAGAUAGAAGAGAUGGUUAUAAAUAUGAUGGCGUUCGUUUACGUGUUGAAUAUUCAGGAGAAAACAAAAGCUAUGGAAAAUAUAGAAACAAAGAAGAGGGAUCUGGCCCCCCUGUAAGAACGGAACAUCGAAUUAUUAUAAGUAAUUUGCCGGAGAGUUGCAAAUGGCAACAUUUAAAAGAUGUCAUGAGACAAUGUGGUGAUGUAGGAUAUGCUAACAUUGAGUGUGGGAAAGGUGUAGUGGAGUUUAUUAGCCGUGACGAUAUGCUAUAUGCAAUUGAAAAAUUUGAUGGGUCAGAAUUUAAAGUUUAUGACGAUGUUACAAUUGUUAAAGUUAAAAAAGAUAGAAGAGCUUCGUCAUACAUGAAAAGACAUCGAGAGGAUCAUUACAGUCCCAGGCAUAAAAAGAGACGCAGAUAUAGUGACGAAUCAGGAUCAUCCUCAAGAAACAGAUCUAAAUCAAAAAAGCACAAGAAGUAUAGCAACUCACCCACAAGAAGAAAUAAUAAAUACGACUCUGGAAGUGAAAACGAAGGUGACAAUAAAGACAAAAGGAAAUAUGAUAAAAGCAAGCGCAGAACAGGCGGACACGAUGAUAAAAGAAGUUACAGCUCAGAUGACAAAAGAAGCAAAAGUGGAUCGAAUAAUUCUUCUAGAAGUGCUGAUAAAAAUUACAAAAAGAAAAAAAAUAAGCAUGACAAUUCAAGUGAUAGAUCAAGUGCAUAUAGCAAAAAGGGAAGUGGAAAAAAUAAUAGCCGUAGCAAAAGUGCAAGUAGGAAAAGAAGCUUAAGUGAAGAUGAUGCAAGUAGGACUAGAAAAAGAAGUUUGAGUGAAGGUGGUGAUGAAAGCAAAGAUAGAAAGAGGAGUUUAAGUCUGAAAAGAGAAAAUAGCUCGGGUGAUGAAAAAAAAGGAAAAAGCAAUGAUGAGAGAAGUGAAUCUAGAAAAAGUUAUAAAUCUCAUAGCAGUAACUCAGCUAGAGAGAAUAGCUCAGAAAAGGAAAAGAGCAACGACGAAGAAAAAAAAACAGUUGGGAAAAAAACAAGAAAAAGAACAAACACUGCUAAGAAAACGAAGAAGGCAGAUCAAAAAGGUAAAAAGAAAAAUAAUGAUAAAACAAGCAAAACUGAGGAUUAUGAAAAUGUGUCCAAUGAUGGAAAUAAAAGUGAUGGGGAGAAAUCUCUAGACAAGGAAAAUAAUGAAGAAGAGAAUUCUGGUACAAAUCAAAAUGAAGGAACUAAAAAAUCAGCAGCAUCAAAGGCAAAGCCUAAAAGGGGGGGAGGAAGAAGAGGAACAAAAAAAGCUGCCGCAGAAGAAAAUGAAGCCAACAUAGCAGAAGAAAAUGCAGCCAACACAGCAGAUGAAAAUGGCAAUGCCACUAGCUAA